AUGACUCCAACGACUAUAUACAAUACAGAACUGUCAGUUUCAAGUGCUUUCUUUUUGCAGCUUCCGAAUCAUCUAAUUACAAAAUGGAACAUCACCUACCACGACCGAGAUGCAGUUGCACCUGGUUAUUGGUUCACUGCCCCAUACUGGACCCAUGAAGGCGAUAGGGAGACGAACCAGUGGAUACCAUAUCAAAUUGGGCCUCAUAUCUUCGAUCAAGACGGAGUCCUUGUGUGGACAGGGUCAGUUGAGUUCGAAAAUCUCAAUGUAUUUGACUUCCGAAGAAUCGACCUUCCAGACGCGACCGGUCAACUACAACCACAUCUAGCUUGGAUGCGAUGGCACAAGCCGUAUGCAAUGGGAUCAGAGGGUCUCACGGCUGUAUAUGAUAAUCACUACCAGGCCAAACAAGUUUUGUCGGUUCCAGCCAACGAGAUUGACGUGCACGAGUUCAAUGUUAAAUACCCUCCCAAUGUCUUACAGAUCCAAGGGCGACCGGAAAUUAUCAAACUGGAUGAGCUUGGCCGACCAGAUACUCAGCAGGCUAUCACCAGCAACGGAUUCACCGAAACCAAUAUCUUGACUGGGGAAAAGGUGUUUGAAUGGAGGAGCAACAAUAAAGUCAAGCUUAAUGAAAGUUACAUCACACGGGCAGAAGAUAACCACCCCGCUGAAGAUUACAUGCAUGCCAAUGCUAUUGACAAGAAUGACAAUGGAGACUACCUGCUCUCUGCCCGACACACGAGCACAAUCUAUCUCAUAUCUGGGAAGGACGGCCACAUCAUCUGGAGACUUGGAGGAAAAGAGAACGACUUCCAGAAAGAUUUUGACUUUUAUGGUCAGCAUGAUUCCAGAUUCAUAUUUGUUAACUCGACUCACAUGGUGAUUUCAUUCUUCGAUAAUGGAGCAAUUGAUUCGGAUGUACGUGAAACAACAUCCUCUGCCAUGUACGUUGAGCUCGACACGAUAAAUAUGCGGGCGACAAUUUUAAACCGAUACAUGCGCCCGGACGGAGGCGUCACUGAUCGCCGGGGAAACAUGCAAACUCUCGAUAACGGAAAUAUUUUCAUCUGCUGGUCAUGGGAUGGUUACAUGUCUGAGUUUUCCCAUGAUGGCCGGUUGCUCAUGGAGGCCAAAUUUGCAUCAGACCGACUUGACACAUAUCGCGCGUAUAAGUUUCCAUGGAUCGGUCGUCCCGCAAACCCACCGACACUUCUAUCCGAAGCUUAUGGCGUUAACGGGUCGACACUUUCAACCGUUUUUCACGUCAGCUGGAAUGGAGCUACCGAUGUUUCCUACUGGCGGUUCUACGCCCGGAAUUCCUCAUCUAACGCGAAAGAAGAGAUCGGCAUAGUGCCCAAGAACAGUUUUGAGACCUCCUUCAUCGCGCGUGGAUAUAUGGAUUGGGUGUCAGUCGAGGCAUUGAAUUCCAAUAUGGAAACCCUGGGUGAAAGUCCUGAUACUCGAACAGCUCCACCCGAGUAUUGGCCUCCAACAGCACCCCUACCUCAACCGGAUGAACCUCGACCAACCCCAGAAAAUAUCAUAUCCCCGAAAGACCAUCAUCUGGGCGCGUUUCCUCUGCAAUUCUUCGCUGGAUUUGCCAUUUGCGGCAUAUUGGGCUCUGCGAUUGUAUACAGGAGGCUUUGGACUCGGUUCAUUCUUUCUUUAUUUUCAAAAUCUGUCCCAACGCGGUACAUCCGAGUAUGGUCGGAAGAGGCCGAGGACUUGGAAAGCGGCGAUGAUGCUUCGAAGCCUCUCCGAGCAAAAGAUUGA